UGGAAAAAUUACACCGUUUUCCCAAUUCAAUUAAACUAUAAACACCGCAGACUCAAUAAAGCUCACUAUGUGGCAAAAAAACUAAAGAUUUUCUUAGUUGUGGAAGAGGUUUUGGGCCUCAAGCAGUGGCGACUUAAAUUAGCCACGACAACGAUUCGAAAUAUGUCUUUUUAGGAAUUCCCUGAUAAAUUUAGCAUUUUCCUUGAAUGGACAUUCCUGCAAAGUUUCCGAUAACGACUAUAAAUAAUGGCCCAAUGCAUGGACGAACCAUCAUAACAAAUUCUAAAAUGAACCAAAAGGUCUAUUCUUUUCUGUUUUGUGCCCUCCUGGCCAGCACCUUCGCCCAUGAACUCCGAGCUAAGGGGGCGGCGCCAGUUGGCUUUCGUUACUCUAGAAGACUUGAAAAGGGCGCAUAUCCCGAUAUCUGCGAACUGUCGUGUACGGCCACUGAAACCCUGAAUUUCACUUUUGGAAUCACCGUCCAAGCUGUAGAACAAGUGCUCAUCUUGGCCAAUCUCUCCUCGAACGCCGCCCUUGCAAUCGACGCCUCCAAUCAGAUUGCCGUAUUACUGAACGGCAACACCGGCGCGGGAGUGGCCAUAAACCUGUCCACCCUAACAGGAGUUUACGUAUCCAGUGGCCUCUGGCUUGCCUCCAAAGCCACCAUCGACCUUUACAUCCGAAACUUGCAGGGUGGCCUUCAGGCCCUCCUGUCCAAUCCAGGGGCUCUUCGAUUCGCCACCAAGAACGUCCCAAAGGCCAUCAUCAGUGAAAUCAACAGAAUCGUGAGUAGGCUGGUGAUCAACUAUGGGCUUGCCACCGCGCAAGACGUCACCGCAGGGUUGAGGGCUGUUUUGCCCAUCAGCACCGGAAUACUUCGGCUGUUAAAGGGGAAUUUGAGCGGGCUGCUUGCACUGAUCGGCUCAGAGGUGAUUGGCAUCCCUCUGGACAUCGCCGCCCUUUUAAACACGCUGAUUGGCAUAGAAACUGUCAUCGUCAAAGCUUAUGGAUCGCUGGAGGCCCUGGUCGCAGCUGGUGUACUGUUGAGUUGGUCGGCCCUUCUUGGCGCCUCCAACGCCCUGAUUCUCCUAGCCGAUCUCCUGUUGGGGAUUGGACGCAACGUUGACGUCGGAUCCGCCCUGGGGCCGCUCCUCAGCAGCCCGCAAAGCGCCUUGAGUCUGAUUGCCCUAUUGGGCGGCAAUGCCCACGUUGGUAUCAACGGUUUACUAGCGGUCUUGUCCAACCUAGUUGGAUUGACCGACAACAGCGUCAUAGUGGAGGUUUUCCUCAACCUCCUUGUCCAGUUCGUGGGCAAUUCCGGCCAUUACAUCAAAGCCGACCUCACCCAGGUCCUGAGGGAUUCGCUUCGCGGCUUGCUAUUGGUGAUUGAGCGCGUGGAUGCUUCAUCAUCACUCAAUGAGCUGGUUGUCGUCAUCAGCGCCCUGAUUGGGGGCAGCUGGACGUACAGGGGCGUCACCAUUGGCACCAUUAUCUUUAAACUAUCAGCCGGAGUGGCUGCUGGAGGCCCCAAACUGCUCCAAUUGGUUGUUUCAGUGCUGGUCCUUUUAGGACACCCUCUAAAAGUGACCAUUCCCACCCUUACAUUUAUCUUGAUUUGCAACUUCAACGGUGCCAUUGGGGCCUGGUUAUUGACGGUGUUUGGCAUCGGCAUUAGCAGCCACAUCAUAGUUGCCGUUGGAGGCGGACUAAAAGCCGUCCUAAUUGGAAACAAGGGCAUCAACCUGGAUCUGUUGACUAGGGACUUGCAGCAGGGCCUAGAAACCAUUCCGGGGGUUGCCGCUGUUGUCCGAGCGGUCAAAGGGGCGUAUUCAACGGUUGCUACCGGCGGCACUGCGUUCAAAGUUCUCAUUAAUACGUAUCCUCUGUUUAGGACACGGGUUUUAGCCUUGAUCGAAUUGUGCAGCGGAGUCAAGUUGAAAGUCCCACCGAAACAUCUGACCACCAUAAAUAUCUUAAUGGGAAGGCUUGCAGGCGUGAGCGCACAUACUGGAGUCAGUUUGGCAGUAUAUGGAUCUGUUAACGUCAAAGGCUAGUAAAUACCUGCGGAUUUUAUCGAUGUAAGUGAUCUUGGACAAAAAAUAAAUGGUUUGCACAUCUUUGGCUGGUUAUUUGAUUUCCAGUGGCGUUAAGCAAUCGACUAGUCGCAGAUUGAACUGGACAAAAUCAGUUGCCAAACCAAAAUAUCCGCUGUAGUUUGUUCAAUAAAAAAGAGAAUAAAGGCAACAAACCCGCU